AUGGAGACUAAAAGGUUUGCCUCUUCUUCUUCUACUGCUGCUGGAGAGAGGAAGAAAACCAUACUUGAAGUUCUAUUGUGUCUGCAUGAAGCAGAACCUGAAUACUAUACAGAAGAGUCCAUCAGAAGCCUCAUGCUGGCGCAUGGUAGUCAG